AUCAUGGAUGCCCCUCCACCGACGACAGGCAGGCAGGCGUCUGCCUCGGCACCAACAGCAGGCGCCAGCAAGUUCUUCGAGGCAUUGGCCUCAGGUGUGAUGGGCGGGAAAGACCCGCUGCUGUGGAGGACAGGCAGUUGUGACUUCCAACGUGUACGUCAGUCUGACAGGGACACACUCACUCACUCACUCAACACCACUCUGCAUGCGUGUGUGUGUGGUGUGUGCGCCCGUGUCAGACCGGUUGGUGCACAAGCGAGUCGUGCCCAUAUGCGCAUUCGUACCAGGUCGGCCACGGGAUGCUUCUAGGCAGCUGACAUAGGAUAGCAUGAUUCAUGGUACGUGCGCAUGUGUGUGUGUGUGUGUGUGUGUGUGUGUGUGCAGGAGCGACGCACGUAUCAGGAGAACAAGGCCGAGUGGGAAGAGUUGGAGAAGAAAGGUCUCCUACCACUCGCCGCCAAGAUCCCGAGCGUUCCGUCCCACAGCCGCCCCUCCCCUUCUCCAGGCGCAGCUCACCCUCCGCCAGCUGCAGCUGAUGCGACCGACACGAAAGCUGCGACCAAACCGUCGCGUGUGACGUUGAAGAAUGUGUCCCCAGUACUGUGUGCAAAAUGGGACCAUAUCGAACCUGGUAUGUACGGUACAGUGACCCAACGCACAAGCACCGCGAUGCAUCCAUCGUUCGCCAUGUUCGGUAUCUGUGGGUGUGGGUGUAGGCGGGGAACUGCCGAGCCGUCCGUUCCACACAACACACAAGUUCCACAGCCGCCCCCUCAACACCCUGAUAGACGGCAUCAGCAGCGCCGUGCCCACACCCGUAUCCAUCCGCUUUCUCGGACGCCACGAGUGAGUUAAAUGAUAUGACAGACAGACAGCAGGACACGACAACACCUCCAUCCCAUCUACUCCUUCCUGAUGCGAACGAACGAGGAUUCAUGUGUGGGUGCGGUGCGGUGCAGGGGCAUCUCGCCUGACACUGUGUACAAGUUGCUGAUGCACGAGUUCCUCUCCAAGGCCCUCUAG